AUGGAGCCGUCCCCGGAGCUGCCCCCGCGGCGGUUCCCGGCGGGCCGGGCCGCGGCCGUGGCCGAGGCGCUGCUGCGGUACCGGCGGGGCGGCCCCGCGCGGGCGCUGCGGCUGCGGGAGCUGCGCGACAUCAAGGAUGUUGGGCACAAGUACCACCUGGAACUGGAGCUGGAAGAUGAGCUGGACAAAGACAGUACUGUUAACUGCACUGCUGAGGUUCUGUAUCAUCUGGGCAACAAAAACACUGCCCCAGAUGUGCAGUUCACCCUUGAAGGAGAACUAAAGAGCACAGAGGAAGCAGAUCACGUGUUCUACACUCGAAUCAGGAGCCUGGAAAAUGAGCUGGUGGCAGAGAACAUUCCAGACAGCCAUGGCCACGUGCCCCCAGAGCUGCAGCCCCUCCACCUGCUCGCCUGGGCCGCCUCGGGAUACCUGGUGUGGCAGAAUUCCACGGAAAACACCCAGCUCCAGCUGGCCCAAGUCAAACAUGUGAAGCAGGUGAGGAGAAGUGACAAAUACCUGCAAUUUGACUUCCUGGUUCUACUUCACGAAAUGGUGUCCCAGGAGAUCAUUCCCUGGGAGAUGACAGUGCUGUGGCACCCUUGGGAUGGUGUCCAAGUGACACGGGACAGCCGCCAGCCCAGACACACCUCGGGAUGAGGGACCCCCUGAUCCCCCCUGGAAGCAGCUCCGGAGCUCCAAGAGGAGUUGGGAGGGAGGACAGAGGAGGGAAGGGGUGGGGAAGGAAUCAGGGUGCAAAGACAAUAAAUGACACUUCUGCUGUGCCCUGGGCUUUGAGGGGAUCACCCCAGAGCUGCUCUGCUCCUUCACCAAACACUGCAUCCCGAGAAAGGAAGCAGACAAUUCCCAGAGGGAAUACUCACGGCACAGGUGCAGAGAUGUUCUCCCUGAAGGCAACUUUGGGCUUCCCCAUGGUGCAAGGACAACCAUAUUCCCUCUCCAUUCGCUGCAGGGAAAGACCCAGAGUUGUGCCAUUAGAACAGUUCUUUGGAAAUCACUGCAUGAACUUAAUCAGGGUUAACCAGGGCUUUUCACCGAUUUUUGGGGGCUUUUUGGUGUUUUUUUUUCUAAUGUCAUAAAUUGUUCACUGUCAUUUCUGCAUCCAGCUUUGUUUAUGAUCCACACAGGAAAAGGGAACAGCAUUAAUUUUUCUAUUAAAGUUUUAAGU